AUGGCUGACGAGCAAAGCCCCUUGACACUCUCACCUCCCUCUCCCCCUCCUCCUCCGUCGUCUUCUUCUUCCCCAAACUCCGGCAUGACCAUGCUGUACUACGGCCUGGCGGUGGUCGGAACCGCCGCCAUAGUGUUAGCCAUGUACAACCUCAUCAUCAUCAGACGGUGCAGCCGCAGCCGGCGGCAGCUGCAAGGGACAGGGGACGACCGGGAGGUGGAGGUGGUGAUCGGGCCCGGAAGUAGCAGCCGGAGCUUUGAAUGCUCGAACAGGAACUUGCUUUCGAGCUUCAGGUAUAAGAAAGAAGCAAAAGAGAAGGAAGGAGGAGGAGGAAGAGGUGAAGAAUAUGAAUGCCCAGUUUGCUUAUCGGUGUUCGAAGAAGGCGAAGAAGUGAGGAAGCUACCUCAGUGUAAUCAUUCGUUUCAUGCGAUGUGUAUAGACAUGUGGCUUUAUUCUCACUUGGAUUGCCCAAUCUGUCGAACACCUGUUGGGAUAACAGAGUGA